AUGGCGCCCAAGAAAUCCACCGCCGCCGCGGUUCCGGCAAAAUUGCCCGUCGACGACGUCAUGGCGUCUGAUGAUGACCCACAGCGGGAAUCAGACGACGAACUUGAGAUCUUCGACGGCGGCCUAGAAGGGGAAGACUAUGGCAACGCCUCGGACGACGACGUCGACCAUGACAUCCAGGACGACGGCGAAGAUGACGCCGACGAUGCCAAUGGCGAUGGUGAUAAUGCUCUUGCACGGCUGAAGGAGGCCGCGCGCCGCCAGCAGCCAGCCGGUCCCGGUCCAAUGAGUGCGGCUGCAGCCGCCGGCGGCUGCAAGCAUCGCGGCUUGGUCGCCGACACGGCGCUAAUGCUACAAGCAGAGACGUCGGACGCGGCCAUUUUGCAAAUGGAGGCAAGUGUUGAAGACUGUGCGGACGAGCUUCUGUCGGAGACGCGUGUAGCUUAUUCGAAGGCAUCUGGACUUGACGCCGUCAUCGCCAGGCUCAAGGAGGCGCUCAUGUCCAUACCCGAACACCAGGUUCCCGUGAGCAUUGCCAAGGGCUUCGUUGAGGCGCUCGGAGGAAACACCAAGGACAGUCUGACCGUCAAACCUCCCUCCGCCGUCACCGUCGUGGGCAGCUAUGCUGCCAAGGCCGUCGCCCGCCCUGAAACAACGGUUGAUAUUGCCGUACAACUACCCGCGGAUUUAUUGGCGCCCAAGGCCCAUCUAAACCAUCGCUACCACGUCAUCCGCGCCGUUUACCUUAUGGCCGUGGCACGUCACCUUCGCGAUGUGAGCUACAGCCUAUUUGGCGAGCAGCGGUUGGAGGCGCUCCACGGGGACCCUACGCGGCCGGUGUUGCGGCUACAGCCGCCCAAGGCCGAGGGUUUUAGUCUGCGGCUACUGCCAUCGAUUGCGACAUCGACGUUUGCGUUGCCGCGCCUCGCUCCAGACCGAAACGGCGUUCGGGCGCAUUGCAGAGCCUGCAAGCCUGGAAAGGAGGUCGUUGCUGAGGUUGCAGCAGGGACUGCGGCCUGUCAACAGCAAGAGGAGCAGCAGCAGCAGCUGCUACUGCCAACACCGCACUACAACGCGGCUAUCUUGGAGGAUAUGCUGCUGCCAGUCCAUGCCGCCAGGCUCAAGUCGGUUAUAUCGGCGUCUCCACGGUUGCUGGACGGUUUGCUGUUGCUCAAGGUCUGGGCCCGGCAACAUGGUCUCAUGUCCACCGUUAGCACCGCCCUAGGGGAUGCAGCUGCUCCGAAACCAACAACAGCAGCAGCAUGCUCUUCUCCGGCCACAGGGGGUUUCGGAGCAGCUGCUGGUGGUUGUUUGGACGGCUGCAUAUUGGCGAUGCUGAUUCUCCUAUUGGCGGAACGAAACAAGCUGGCUUGCUCGAUGUCGGUGUUGCAGCUGCUCCGAGCAGCGCUUCAGCUACUUGCAGACAGCUCAGCCUGGGCCAAGGGACUAGCUAUGGCGCGACAGGAGGGAGGCGAGGGUGCCCUGAGGGACACGCCGCAGCCGCCAGCGAUGCAAGCCUUCAAAUCACACUUCCAAGUGGUCUUUGUGGACUUCACCGGCUGGCUCAACCUGGCGUCUCACAUGACCCGUGGGUCACUCGCUCACGUCCAGAUGGUCGCCCGGCACACCCUGGACCUGCUAAGGGCUCCGGCUGACCCAGAUGAGGCCUUCGCGGCGGCUCUGCUCACGCGCGCAACCCCGGCCGCUGCAUUCGACUACCACUGGCGAAUACGUCUGCCGGCGGGGUCGGUGUGGCCCCUGUCGGAAAAGGCGCCGGCGGGAGGCAGUGCGGCUGUCGGGAGCAAUGAGCUGCUGGAGCAGGCAGCAGAAGGUCAGAAGCCGGCUGAAGAGCACUCUCAAGCGCUGUGCCGGGACCGGGACCUCUGGAGGGAGCAGGUGGUUCAGAUUGAGCAGAUUGUACGACAAGCCUUAACGGACCGAGCCAAGGUCGUACGUGUUCUUCGAUGGCCCUUCGAUUCCGCUUCAUCUCCGGAUGUCCUCCUGGCCCGCGGCCUGCUGGUAUCUUCGACGGAAGCGGAUCCUCGUGGCGCUGAGGAAGACGGUGACGACGAGGACGACCACGACCAGGAAGACGGCGGUGCGAGUCGAUGCGCCAAAUCAUUAUCGACAUGUGUGGCAGCUCCGUCGUCCGUGUGGGUGGGAGCGAUCAUGGAUCCGCUGGCGGCGUGCCGGCUUGUGGAUGUGGGGCCAGCGGCGGAUGACGGCCCCGCGGCGGCCCGCUUUCGAAAAUUCUGGGGCGAGAAGGCUGAGCUUCGACGGUGGCAGGAUGGCAAGAUCACGGAGACUGCGGUUUGGGAGGUGGCUCCCCACAUGCGCCACGUCAUCCCCGACCUCAUCCUGCAGCACGUGGUGGGCCGUCACCUGCCCGCCGGCUCGGAGGUGGUUGGGGCCGCGGGCUCCCUGGACUGGGCCCUGUGCUGCCGGGCCUCACCUUCGGGUGCGGAUCUGGCGGCCACUCGGGCUGCAGAGGCGGCAACGGACAAAUUGGCCAAACAGCUCCGAGCGUUGGAUAAUUUGGCGCUCAAGCCGCACCCUCUGGCGGGGGCCUCCGGGGCUUCGGCGUCCACAGCGGGCAGCCACACAGGUGGCGGCGGCAUUCCCCGCUGCCUAGACCCGCUGGAGGUGCUGGUGACGCUGGAGAGCUCAGGUCGCUGGCCGGACGACACGACCGCUUUUCGCAAGAUGAAGGCCUCCCUGGGGUUGCAGCUCGCCAGUGCACUGGCGUCAUCGUACGGACACCACACCAUCGCGAGUGAGGAGGCCGUUGACGUGCUGCUGGACGGCUUUGCAUUCCGACUCGUGCUCUAUUCUGGACGGGAUGAGGCCAUGCUGACUCGUAGCAGUGUUGCCACCACCACCACCACGGGCCCUGCCGGCGGCGGCGCGGGGCCUAGCCUCGGGUCCGGUCUCCCGAGCCCCGAGGAGAGUCCGCUGCUGCUGUCCUGGCACCACGGGCUCGUGUCGCUGGUAGCGGGAGCUAACUCGGCCUUCGCCCCGUCAGCCAGGUUGGCGAGUCGGUGGGUGGCGGCCCACAUGAUGUCGAACCACGUGAGCCAUCACGCGGUGGAGCUGUUGACGGCGGCGGUCUUUGGGGGAGCUGGCGCGCCGGCAGCACCGCCGCCGGGUUCCCGAUUGACGGGCUUUCUUCGCUUCCUGCAGUUGGUGGCGCGGUGGCCCUGGCACGUGAAGCCCCUGGUGGUGGAUCCGGCGGGGGAGCUGCGGGAAGCUGACCGCCGGGCAAUCAGCAGUCGCUUCGAGGCCCGCAAGGCGGAGGGAACUGCGCCCGCUAUGUACCUUAGCACGCCGCGGGACCUGGAGUCACGACACUGGACUGCGAAGGGUCCCAGUGCGGCUGCGCUGCAGCGACUUACCGUCCUUGCGGUCCGCUCCGCAGCGUUGCUACAGCUCUUGCUACAGCCACACCCUGCUAAACCGCUUCAAACGACUUCAACAGAGGGCUUCACGCCUUCGGGGCUUGCGCCUGAGUGGCAGGGGGUCUUCGCGACCCCUGCCGCGGAUUUUGACGCCUUUAUUCUGUUGAGGAAGGAAGCGCUACCGCACGCUGAUAUGGCGCUGCUUCCGCCGCCGCGUCAGCAGCAGCAGCAGCAAAAUCGCCCAGCGAGGAAAACCUGUUGCGAUGCCUCUUCUGCAUCACUGGCGGCAGUGUUGCUACCACCUGGUACUGCCGUACGUGACCUGGUCAACGGCGGCGGUGGGGUUGGUAGUGCUGUAGCGCUGCAGCAGCUGGAUGCGCCGUUGUCCGGGCCUGACGCGCUAUCCGAGGCAAUGGAGGAGGCGGGGCCGCUGGAGCCGCCUGCAAAGCGCGCUCGCGCGUUCCUGCGCUGUUUUCCGGAAAAGGUGAUGGAGGGCAAGAGCGCGGCACGGCUUCAAGGCGAGCUGUUGGUGGGGCUAGAUCCCGUGGCGCGACUUUUGUCGGACCUGUCAGCCCAGUACGGCCAUAUAGCGACGUUUUGUGUGGAUGGGCUGGGCGGCAGGUCCUCGGCCACUUGGCUUAAGGCAUUCAUAGUAGGGGACCCCCCCUCAAAAUAUUCCGCGUAA